AUGCAGCGAUGCACACUGAAGUCACUUACUGUCGAUGCGUUAUUAAGCUCUCCCCGGCGCUCUGCCCCCUCGCCUGCGCUCACGCCGUCAUUCGCGCUCACGCUGUCAUCCGCGCACGCGCCGUCCCCACCCACUAGGCCGGUCAUGCCAGUCACGCUUAAGGUCGCUGGUUCCUGGUCCGGGCAGGUCGAAAUUCCGUCCCUGACCGAAUGGACCGUGUGCAAGCUGCGGGCGGAGCUUUCGCGCCUCUCCCGGAUCGACGCGGGCAGUUUAAAAAUAAUAUGCGGUGGACGCACGCUUAAAGACGAGGCGGAGGCGGAGGGGGAGGCGGAAGGGGAGACGGGGCGAGCGGGGAAAGCGGCAACGGGGGCGGAAGUGAGAGUUGCGGAGGGGAAUACGGGGGGUGUUGGGGAGGAGAAUAGCGAGGGGAAUAAGGAAGGGGACAAGGGGGAGGGGAAGGGGACGGGAAAUGGGUUGGGAAAGCGGAAGGGCGGGCGAGGACGGACCUUAGAGGAGGUUGGGGUGAGGGCAGGUUCACGGCUUCUGGUGACAGGUGGCGGCAGGCGAUUGGGCGGCGAGAUUGCAGCGGAGGCGAAGAGAGCAGUGGAAGAGGAAGCUGCGAGGAAAGAGGCGGAAGAGAGGUUGGCACGGCUGAGGGCUGCAGCAGCUGCCAUUGCACGGAGAGGCAGGGCGGGCAGAGGGGGAAGGGGAGGGCAAGACGUGAGGGGUGAUGAUGAUAAUGCCAAUGGUGGUGGGGAUGAUGAUGACGAUGAUGCUGAAUUGCUGCUGGAGAAUCAGAGUGGGCAGAGACUAGAAAUGGCGCCAAUCGAUAAACGGUCUCUCGUAACAGGUCUGCUGUUGCACUCCCAUGGCCGAUCUCUCCUCACCAAAGGCAAUUUCGUGGAAGCCCUCCCUGUGCUGGAGAUGGCAGAGGAAGCAUUCAGCAUCUGCGAUGCCAAGAUCACAGAGUCUAUAGACAACAUUCCAAUGCUCCUACUGGACAUCGUAUGGUGCCACUACAUGACAAAAGACGUCGCCAGUCUGGCAUCCGCUAAAGGACGGCUUGCUGCCGCCCGGUCAGCUCUGCGCAAGGCGCACGGCGCGGACAUGUCACGGCUGAGGAUGCUUCAGGGAAACUUUCGACCUGAGCUAGCCACGUAUCUCCGCCUUGACCUGCUAGACGCCAUUGCAGCAUACCACAGUGGAGACCUGACGGGAGCCCGACCGCUACUAGCAUCGGCCCAGUCCCUCUUUCAGCAGCUGCAGGUUUCAGACGAGUCAUUGGCCAGCCUCGCAGGCAUGGGCUUCUCGGCCAAUGAGGCGAGGCGUGCACUGCGCGUGGCGGGCGGUGACGUGAGCCGGGCGGCGGAGUUUGUCAUCUUGCAACGGCAGCGGGAGGCAGAGAAGGCAGAAGAGGACAGAAGGCAGAGGCGGAUGGAGAGGGAGCAGCGGGCCUAUGGGAGGACGCCACGUGGCAAGAAGGUGGACAUGCGGCUGCUGGACGAGCUGGCAGCAUAUGGCUUCACGCGGCGGGUGGCAGCAGAGGCGCUGAGGCAGAGCGAGAACCACCACCAGAGGGCCCUAGACGCGCUUCUUGACCCCAACUCCCUCGCUGCUCUCGAGGCAAUUCCACCCUCCCUGCCCCUCUCUGCCCAUCUUUGCCCAUCUCUACCGCUCUGA